CUCAUUUCCUUUCGAUCACUCUCCACCAUUUCCAAUUGUGUAACAAUGGGGUCACUUUCUCCGUCGAUCAACCCGAGGUUGGUUAUUCAGGCGAAUAGUUAUGAUCCGGUUUCCUUCUGCCGCGUGUUUGGGCCGGUUCUCACUGGUCCGCCGGCAAGACCUGACAUGACCGGCGCUUGCAGGAGAAGUCGUCAUCGUGCAGUGUACGCCAAGAAGAAUUCAAAUGAGGAUUUUGUUAAUUGCGAUUCCGAGUGGAAAUCUAAGUUCAAAAGAAGACUUCGAGAAGCGAUUCAACAUCCCUCACAUUAGUGAUUUCUUCCCUGACGCUGCUUCAUAUCCCUCCACUUUCUGUCUCAGCAUGAGGACUCCUGUAAAUGAAGAAUUUGCAGAAGGGUAUCCUUCAGAUGAGGAAUGGUAUGGAUACAUUAAUAAUGAUGAUAGAGUUCUACUCAAGGUUAUUCGAUAUUCAUCCCUUUCAUCUGCUGGAGCUGAAUGCAUUGAUCCUGAUUGUACAUGGGUUGAACAAUGGAUUCAUCGGGCUGGCCCACGUGAGAAAAUAUACUUCAAACCAGAAAAUGUGAAGGCUGCAAUUGUAACUUGUGGGGGACUCUGUCCUGGACUUAAUGAUGUCAUAAGACAAAUUGUCAUCACACUUGAGAUCUAUGGUGUGAAAAAGAUAGUUGGGAUCCCUUUUGGGUAUCGUGGAUUUGGUAAAGAAAUAGAUGAAAUUCCUUUGUCAAGGAAAGUGGUUCAAAAUGUUCAUCUUUCGGGUGGAAGUUUGUUAGGAGUUUCUCGUGGAGGACCGAGUCUUGAUGAAAUUGUGGAUAGCAUGCAGGAUAGAGGAAUCAACAUGCUUUUUGUUCUAGGUGGAAAUGGGACACAUGCGGGUGCUAAUUUAAUACACAAUGAGUGUAUAAAACGAGGGUUAAAAGUAGCUGUAGUUGGUGUUCCCAAAACUAUAGACAAUGAUAUUCUCCUCAUGGAUAAAACAUUUGGUUUCGAUACUGCUGUUGAAGAGGCACAAAGAGCUAUAAAUGCUGCAUACAUCGAGGCACAUAGUGCUUAUCGUGGUAUUGGGAUUGUGAAGUUGAUGGGAAGGAGUAGUGGUUUUAUAGCCAUGCAUGCGUCUCUUGCGAGUGGUCAAAUUGAUAUUUGUUUAAUACCAGAAGUACCCUUUGAAUUGCAUGGAUCUCAUGGUGUCUUAAAUCAUCUUAAAUAUUUACUCGAGACAAAGGGCUCUGCUGUCAUUUGUGUAGCCGAGGGAGCUGGUCAGAGUUUUUUGGAGAAAACAAAUGCGAAAGAUGCGUCUGGGAAUGUUGUCUUAGGAGAUAUCGGUGUACAUAUACAACAAGAGGUGAAAAAAUAUUUCAAGGAAAUGGGGAAUCCAACUGAUGUAAAAUACAUUGAUCCUACUUAUAUGAUCCGUGCAUGUCGAGCAAAUGCAUCAGAUGGGAUUUUAUGCACAGUUCUUGGUCAAAAUGCUGUCCAUGGUGCAUUUGCGGGAUACAGUGGAAUCACAGUUGGAAUAUGCAACACUCAUUAUGUCUACUUGCCAAUUACUGAAGUCAUUUCUUACCCAAAAAUUGUUGACCAAAAUAGUCGUAUGUGGCAUCGUUGUUUGACCUCUACAGGUCAACCAGACUUUCUUUAA